AUGUCAGAUUUCAACCUCCCACUUUCCGGGAAAGUCGCUAUCGUGACUGGGUCAUCCAGGGGCAUCGGUAAAGGAAUUGCGUUAGAGCUAGCGCGUCGAGGAGCGGCGGUAGUCUUGACUUACGUAUCCCAACGCAGCGAGAACCUUGUUAAAGAAAUUUGCCAAACUAUCGAAUCAUUCCCGCACAAGCCUCGCGUUUACGCUUGUCAAGUUGAUCUCAGCACCCUCGAAGGCCCCCAAACUCUCAUCAGGAACCUUCUUACAUGGAGCGAUCAAAAACUGAAAAUCGAUAUACUGAUCAAUAACGCCGGCGUGGAAAACGCUAAGGCUCUAAAAGAUUUGACCGUCGAUGAUUAUAAUACCGUCUUCAAUUUGAACGUUCGUGGCCCAUUGCUCUUGACCCAGGCGGUUCUACCUUAUCUGAACAACUACGGACGUAUUAUCAAUAUCAGUUCCACCAUCUCAAGAAGCGGUUUCAAGAACUUUGGCCUCUACGGUGCCUCGAAGGCGGCGCUAGAAGGGCUAACUCGAUCGUGGGCCCGAGAACUCGGUGGCAAUGGAACGACUGUUAACUGCGUAAAUCCGGGACCCGUCCAGAGCGACAUGUUGGAAAAUGUUCCCAAAGAACUUGUGGAAAGCCAAAAGGCAUUGACGGCGGUCCAGAACAGAAUAGGAACAGUUUCUGACGUUGCAAACAUAGUGGCGAGCUUGGCUGGUAAGGAUGGCGCCUGGAUUAGCGGCCAAUCGAUCAGCGCCUCUGGAGGUCAUACUAUGUAUUAA